UGCUCUCCUCAACCAGUUACUAUGCAAACAGAGAGCCAGGAUCAGGAUCAGGCCACAAUGGAAACGGCGGAGAGCUCCGGAAGCUCGCAGAGGCGACAGCAAAGAGUCAUUGUCCUUGUCGGCCUCGUUGGCUCAGGCAAGUCGAACUUUGCCAACUCUCUAUGCUCCCGCGACUCGCCCUUCAACUUUGUACGAGCCUCACAAGACGUCCUCGGGUCGCGCCAGGCAGUCGAGUCUCUGGUCAUGCGCAGCCUUUCGCAGGGCAAGAACGUCUGCGUCGACCGCACAAACGUAGACGCCUCUCAACGAGCUACAUGGUUGCGGUUGGCUCACCAGUAUCAGGAGCAGACGCCUGGCGUGGAGGUCAUCGUGGAGGCGCUCGUGUUUGAUACACCGCUGGAGGAGUGCAGACGCCGGCUGAUGGCAAGGACAGAGCAUGAGACAAUUAGCUCGCCCGAGAUAGGGCUGCGCAUCCUCAACACAUUCAUGGGGCAAUUUCAUCGACCGACAGCCAGCGAGGGGUUCCACUGCGUUGCGUCGAUCACUCCUGCUCGGCUCCCGGCGCUGCCCAGUGAGGCCGACAUUCCAGCUAUUCUGGACAUCAUCGCCGCGGCGCCGAGGAUGUUGGAAGGAGGUACCAAGGGGACCAGCCUUGCACCGGUGCGAGGGCCGCCGCGGGGUAGUAGAGGCAGGGGAGGCCAGAGCUGGGGAGCGCUGCAGCGAGGGAGGGGUGCGAGUGGCAACGGAUCCAGGGGUGGAGGAGCAUGGCGAGGACAAGGAGGGCACUACGAUUCGCUCCCCUCGCGCCCGCAUGCACCUCAACCAUAUGUCAGACCUCUGCCAGCUAGCUCAUCGGCGUACAGUGGCAGCUACUCGGGGGCAGCAGCAGCAACAUCAAAACCGCAUUCCUCGACGCCCACAUUGCAAGAUCACGGCUUCGAGAUCGUAGAGAGCAGCCAGUCGCGACCACCUGCAUGACGCUUAAUUGCUACCAAUCCAUAGAUACCAGGCUAUCAUUUUUUGUCAUCUAAUGCAUUCUUGCGCUACCAA